AUGAAGUUCUCCUCCGCCCUCGCCGGUGCAACCCUCCUUGCGAGCAGCGCCCUGGCGGCCGACCUGCCCGUCAUUACUACAAAGGGCAACAAAUUCUUUUACUCCAACAACGGCACCGAGUUCUUUAUCCGCGGUGUCGCCUACCAGCAGGAAUACAGCGCCAAUGGGACGACCGCUGAAAACGAGCACUACAGCGACCCUCUGGCCGAUGACUCGAACUGCGAGCGUGAUAUCCCCUACCUCAAGGAAUUGCGCACCAACGUCAUCCGUACCUAUGCCGUGAACCCUGAAAAGAACCACGACCGCUGCAUGGGCCUCUUGGCGGACGCUGGCAUCUACCUCAUCACGGAUCUGUCUUCCCCCGCCGAAUCCAUCAACCGCGCCGACCCCGAGUGGAACAUUGAUCUGUACAACCGCUACACCAGUGUUGUGGAUGCUUUUGCCAACUACACCAACGUCAUUGGUUUCUUUGCCGGUAAUGAGGUCGCCAACAACAACACCAACACCGACUCGAUUGCGUUUGUCAAGGCUGCCGUGCGUGACAUGAAGGCCUACAUCAAGAAGAACCACCGUGAAACCCUCGUUGUUGGAUACGCCACCGAUGACAACGCCGAGCUCCGUGAAGAUAUGAAGGACUAUCUGAUUUGCGGUGACGAGGAGAGCCGCAUUGACAUGUUCGGUUACAACAUCUACGAGUGGUGCGGUGAGUCGACUUUUGAAAAGUCUGGCUACAAGGACCGUACCGAGGAAUUCAGCGACUACCCCGUGCCUGCUUUCUUCUCCGAAUAUGGCUGCAUCGAACCCCGUCCUCGUACCUUCUCCGACGUUCCUGUCCUGUUCGGCCCCAAGAUGAACGACGUCUGGAGCGGUGGUAUCGUCUACAUGUACUUCCAAGAGGCCAACGACUAUGGUCUUGUCGAAAUCAACAACAACAAGGUCGAGACUCAGGAUGACUUCUCCUACCUGUCUUCACAGAUGCAAAAGGUCACCGCCACCGGGGUCAACAGCAAGACCUACACUCCCACCAACACCGCGAUCCCAACCUGCCCUACCGUCAACAAGGCUUGGGAAGCCAGCGAGGACCUUCCUCCUUCUCCCAACGCGCAACUCUGCUCCUGCAUGGACAGCACCUUGACCUGCAAGGUCAAGGACUCGGUUGACGCUGAAGAGUACGGCGAGAUCUUUGACUACAUUUGCGGUCUCGAGGGUGGCAAGUACUGCGCCGGCCAAAAGGCUGAUGCGUACAACGGUACAUACGGAGCGUACAGCGUCUGUACCUCCAAGCAGAAGCUCUCCUUUGUCAUGACUCAGUACUACAAAGGACAGAACAACGCCGCCGACGCCUGUGACUUUGACAGCCGUGGUGAGGUCGUCGAGGCUUCUGACAGCAGCGACAGCUGCAGCAGCCUGCUUGACCAGGCCGGUGAGAGCGGUACCGGCAACGUCACCACCCCCGAGGGCGGUGUUGGAGGCAACCCCAACUCUGAUUCUGAUUCUUCUUCGUCCAGCGAAACCUCCGAGGGUGCUGCCGGUGUUGCCGCUACACCCAUGGCCGUGUACGUUGGCAAGUGGCAGCUCGGCGCCUACAUCAUGACCAGCAUGAUUGCCGGUGUCGGUAUGCUUUUGCUGUAG